GCAGCUCAGUUUAUUGCAAAAGGUCAUAAAGUUGCGAGGGUUGACCAAAUGGAAACAGCACUAGGUAAAGAGAUGCGUGAAAAAGUGAUCAAGAAAAAGGAAGAAAAAGUUAUAAGACGUCAAUUAACUUCUAUCAUUACCAUCAGAAUACUUGUAGAUGGUGAACUGUUGACUAAUGAAAUGUCAACUUAUUGCAUAUCAAUUAAAGAGUCUUGUCCAACUGAAAAUGAUCCACCUGCUUAUGGCAUAUGUUUUGUUGAUACAGCGACUGGCGAAUUUAAUCUCGUGAAAGAUGACAACGAUGAUGAAACGAUAAAAAAUAGUAAUAAUGGAUAUGACUCAGAAAUUUGGCCUGAAGCCAUUAAAGCAGCUAAUAAUAGGCCUUUGAUGUUGUUCGCAUUAGGUGGACUAAUUUGGUAUUUACAUUCG